UCUCGUGAACCAUCUUGUCAAAAUGUACUCAGUUUUUCUUGUGAUCUGUCAGAAGGAACACUACUAUCUCUCGAACUUAUUGAAAAGUGCUUAUAUUAUUGUGCACAAACAAAUUGCAUUGUAACUCUUGAUCGCAGUGAUCACAAACUUGACUCAUGUUUUCCAUCGAGUAGUGCGGAGCCAGACUACCAGCAACGCCGAGCAUUCUCUAGAACCACAAUAGUCUUAUAACCUAAAAUAUCGAAAUAUAGGUCAAAUCAUGAGUUUAUUACGGAGUGAUAACCCCAUGUCAUCAACCAGCAGCGUGGCAAGCUGUUCCAGUAGCAUCAACGAGCCUCUCCCUCCAAACAAAUAUCUCAUGAAAACAUUAUGCUUUUCCAAGAAAAGCAUGAGCAUGCCAAGCAAAGAAGAGUAUUCGAGGCUAUUGAGUUGUGGCCUCGGGGCCAGAAAAUGGCAGGUCAAUCUGGAUUUGGAUUCAAAAAUAUUCCAACUCACUCUUCUCAAUAUUUACCCACGACUCUCAACAGUAUCAAAUUACUCCUUAUGGACCAUAAACAAAAACAAAACAUUUGAAAAACUACCUCAAAAGGUUGACACACCAAGUCGAAUUCGCGCUUAUCUUGGAUCUCAAUUUAGUGGAUGCUUGGUUAUCAUGCCAUCCGAGGAAAUCUCUCUCGGACCUUCGCCGACAGUGAAUGGAGUAGAGACAGAUGUUGGCGUUAGAAAUGCUUACAAAAGUUCGCUUUCUCGAGAUAAAUCCAGGAUCACUAAUACCUGUGAAAGAAAUGGUCUCAGUUACCCCAAUAACAGCAGCCAAUACUCACAAGCGACGAAUACGUUGAAUUCGUUACACUCCCGGUCAAUUUGUCUUUUGUGCGGGCGAAUGGCCAAACAACUGGGAUCGUCAGCUUUUUACAACAUUGAUACACACAUGUUAAACUCCGAAUCCGGAGGAGAAACAAUUGCCGCUCGGUUGAAGGAAAUCAUUCGAGUCACUUUGCCUCGGAAGAAGUUAAUUCCGUCAGAGGAAAUCUGCAAGAAAUGCUUCCGACAACUAAAUGAAAUCGAUUACCUAGAGAACCAGCUCAAGAGCGCCAAGGAUGAGGUUGUCAACAAUUUCUUUCACACUGUCUCUAAAAUCAGCCGUAUGGACCCUCACGUUCUGCAUCAGAAUGGCAUUGCCGCUCGCCAUCAUUCGCCCGUUCACCUUGCAUCCUCAUCGGCCACCUCCUCCACCUCAUCCGGUUACAUGGAAGGCGAUUUGUCGUCGCUCAAUGGGUCUGGAACGAACAGCCAUGCCGAUUUCCCCUUGCCUCAACGAGUUUAUAUUCAAGCAGGCCAACCCGGUCCGUUCCACGGGUCCAUCUUGAGCCAACGAUCACAUGGUUCGGAUUCAAAGCCUGGCUCCGGCGAAUCCUACAGGCAUUCAGGUCUGAAUCUGGUUCCAGUCAAUCUUAAUUAUCAAAGCUCAGCCUCCGCUGUGGCUGCUGUCAUGGCAGCGGCUGCCGCCGUGAAAGAGCAACGCCACGCCGAAUCUGACGAUGAAGAGGCCACCAAACGCGAGCCCCUAAGCUACAAGAUGUAUGUGGCUAAUGAGAGACAUUCUUCCUCACGUAACUUGGGCGGUGGAGAGGACUUGAGUGCACACGCUUUGGUCACUCACGCGGCCGGACGCUUAGCGGCUCACGAGGAACAAAAUGAAGCGGAUUUACUCCGAAAAGCAGAGGACGACGAUCAAAGUCAAAUAGAGGAGGCUGAGAAGCACCAGAAGAGGGAGGAUUUGACCAAAGAGGCACAAAAUUUGAGUCAAACUCAGACUGAAGCUCAAGAUGGAGACGGCGACGACGAAGAGGAUACUCAUCGCAAGCGAUACUAUGGAUCGCUAUGGCAACGACACUUGAAGCAAAAGGCGCAAGAGUCAUAUCGCCGGCAACUCCAAGAAGCUGAAACGCCAGACACUACUUACCUCAGCUAUAAUAGGGUAUUACAUCAUUAUCGUCGCCAAAUGGCGCAAAGUCGAGAAGCCUCUGUCGAGGUCAAUGGCUCCGACCGUUCAACAAGUGACAGUCCGGAGGGUAGUUCACCCAGUCCGGUAUCACCGUCACAAAGUAUUGAACCGGAAAGCAAAAACAACUCGAAUCGAUGGACAACGGCAAGCUCUAGCUCGAUGCAUGUCGGCGACCAUAACCGUCCGUGGAAAAAGCGGUACCGCGAAAAGACUCACGACGCCAGUAUUGAUUUAAACACUGAACCAAAGGUGAAAUCCUAUCGAAGCUCCUCUUCCCCGGAGUCAGCCAAGUCUAGUAGCAAUGAACCAGAAUCCAAGGACGGACAAAGUAUGAGCAAUAGCAACACUGACUCUGGCCUUGGGGGAUCCGAUGAAGAUUCGGGGGAAUCCAACUCCAAUGAGCAGAUGUCCCUCACUGAAGUGAAAGAGACCGGCUCUGAUCUCACUGACCUCCCCAUACGUAUGAAGUCCUGAAAUCCAGAUUUGGCUAAUGCACAACUCUUGUCGUCGAAAUGAAAGUUCAAUGUUAUUGUUGGAUUCACGAUACUCGACAACGUGAGUCUUCAGCUGAUUCUUCCCCACCAUUUAAUGAAUCAUUAUGACUGCUCAGAUUAGUGACAACUAUUUACUAUUGGAUUCUAUGUGUACAAAAGCAUUCAUUGUAGUAUUUUUGAUUGGUAUCAACAUUAUAUUAAAAAAAGUGAUCCACAA